AUGGCACGCACCAGACAAACAGCCCCUGGCCCAGGCCACUAUUCAAAUGAUACGCUUGAUGAAGAGGAUCAGGAGGAGAUAAACGGUGUUCUCACUGAGGAAGACAAGAAACGUCGCGAGGAGCUCGAAAAGGCACCCAUGCAGAUCGAAGUCAAACACCUCGAGAAGCGGUGGACAAAGAAGGGACACCCAUACAUCACCGAGCCAAAGGAAGAUGAAGAUAUCCCCGAGGAUAAGAUCAACUGGUACGAAAAGUAUGCCCUCUGCAUCACGCGCCAGUAUGAUGGCCAGAACAAGUACAUUUGCCGUAUCUCACUCGAAGUCAACUCUCCCGGACUCAAGAACAUCUUGGGAGACGUCAUUGGCAGCAAGUAUCCUGGCCAGUCCUACCUAACUUCUAACGUCACGGUCGACUUCCCUCCCCGCAGUCUGUACCACUACCGCAAGGAGCUGGCCGAGACUGCUGUCAACCAUGAGCCCGGUUCCGAUGAAGCCAGGCACCUCCCUCUAUUGCUCAACUUCAUUGACGAGGAAUUCCAUGACGCCAUCACCGGCGGUGCAAACCUUAUCGAGCAGGGCUUAAUGAGCUACGAGCACCUCUGGACCAUCUUCCGCCCAGGGUGCCUCGUCUACGCUACCCGCAUGAGUCAGGCUCGCGUGUACAAGCUCAAUAGCUACCAGUAUACCUGCGGCCAAUCCCCUGGUCUCCAGCUCAGCGUCGAGUUUGUCGACUUUGACGGCGACGAGUUUGGCACGAGAUACGAAUCCCUCUUGCUUCCCGCUUUCGCUGGAGCCUCGCCAAUCGCCUCUCUCAACGCCCUCCCUCUGGCGCACCACCCCGACCCCGACGCCGUCACGCGCCUCCUGACUGAACGCGGUCGGCGAUGGGAGGCUCUCGCCGGUCAGAACUUCCGUCAGUACAAGGGUGUUGCGCUGGACCAUUGUAACCGCCGCUUCCACAUUGACGGCCGAGUCAUGGUCGACGCGGAGACUCACCACCGCAUCAUGGCCGACUAUGCCUUCAACGUCAGAUCGUUCCCCACGACGGUAGGCCGGAAGCGGAAGCAGAAUGACGAGAGCGAUGAUAUCGAACUCGUUCCAAAGGAGACUGCCGAGUUUGUGCCCCUGAGCGACGAGCAGUGCCUUUUGGCUAGCCCUAUGGUCCGCGGCUUCAGCUUCACCGAGAAGAAGUUCCUCGACUUCUUCGUCGACAAGAUCAGCCCUAUUGAGUGGAACACCCAAUGCUUCGGGCAGCUGGUCCUCCCAGACUCCCAAAAGGAGCUGGUGCAGGCUCUCGUCGCGGAGCAUACCGCCCGCGCCACCGAUCCGAACUCGUCUGCAUUUGAUGAUAUCGUCAAAGGUAAGGGCAAGGGCCUUAUCCUCGUCCUGCACGGCCCUCCCGGUGUAGGAAAGACCUUGACGGCAGAGUGCGUGGCCGAGUUCAGCCGUCGGCCGCUGUACAUCGUCUCCUCCGGCGAUCUCGGCACCUCGUCAUCGGUCCUGGAUGAGAAGCUGACCAAGACGCUCGAUCUGGCGAGUACCUGGAAAGCGGUGCUCCUCAUCGACGAGGCCGACGUCUUCCUUGAGCGCCGGUCGCUGCACGACAUGGAGCGCAACAGCCUCGUGUCCAUCUUCCUACGCACACUCGAGUACUAUAGCGGCAUUCUGUUCAUGACGACGAACCGCGUACGCACCUUUGACGACGCCUUCAAGAGUCGAAUCCACGUGCCGCUCAAGUACGACGAUCUGCCGCGCGAGAGCAGAUUGAAGGUGUGGAAGAACUUCCUAAACAACGUCGAGGGCGGCGUCGAUAUUGACGAGGACGGGUAUGAGAAGCUCGCUGAGGGCAAGUUGAACGGGCGACAGAUCAAGAACGUGGUCCGCACGGCCAAGAGUCUUGCCUCUUACAAGAAGCGGAGACUGGACUGCUCACAGCUGCAGCAGGUUGUGGAUAUCCAGAUGACGUUUGAGAGAGAACUGGACAGUGUCGAUGGUGACAUUGAUGUGGUUGUACGAUAG